AUGGCCAUGUCCCUUACGCGGGCGGCCCUCAGGGCACCGCAGUCGCAAUCGCGGCUCGUCGCUGCCGCCACCACCAUCACGGCACGAUCAAUUGCCGCUCAUGGCCGAGCCUUCAGCACCACGAACCGAGCUCUCGUCUCUGCCGGCUUCGGAUCCCCGGCUAUGCCCUCGUACUUCUCCAAGCCCCGACUUCCCGCCAAUACGGUAGUUCGCUUCGUUCCCCAGCAGACAGCUUGGAUUGUGGAGCGUAUGGGAAAGUUCAACCGCAUUCUCGAACCUGGUCUGGCUGUCCUUAUGCCCUUUAUCGAUCGAAUCGCAUACGUCAAGAGUCUCAAGGAAGUUGCCAUUGAGAUUCCUAGCCAGAGCGCUAUCACUGCGGAUAACGUUACUUUGGAACUUGAUGGUGUUUUGUUCACUCGUGUUUUUGAUGCGUACAAGGCAAGCUAUGGAGUCGAAGAUGCCGAAUAUGCCAUCUCUCAGCUCGCCCAGACGACUAUGCGAUCCGAAAUUGGUCAACUGACCCUUGACCAUGUCCUCAAGGAACGUGCUGCACUCAACACCAACAUCACCGCUGCCAUCAAUGAUGCCGCCGAAGCUUGGGGUGUUACCUGCCUGCGUUACGAGAUCCGAGAUAUUCACGCCCCUGGCGCCGUUGUCGAAGCCAUGCACCGACAAGUCACUGCCGAGCGAUCCAAGCGUGCUGAGAUUCUUGAGUCCGAAGGUCAACGACAGAGUGCCAUCAACAUCGCCGAGGGUAAGAAGCAGAGUGUUAUUCUGGCUUCUGAAGCUUUGCGCGCCGAGCGUAUCAACGAAGCAGAUGGUGAGGCUGAGGCCAUCCGUCUCAAGGCGACUGCCACUGCUCAAGGUAUCGAUGCUGUCUCAGACAGUAUCCUCAAGGGAGAUACUGGUGCCCAGGCUGCUGUCAGCUUGAGAGUUGCCGAGAAGUAUGUCGACGCCUUCGGCAAGCUGGCUCGCGAGAGCACUGCAGUUGUCGUUCCCGGUAAUGUUGGAGAUAUCAGCGGCAUGAUUGCCACUGGUUUGAGCGUGUUUGGCAAGGUUGGCCAAGCUCAAGCGCAGACUAUGGCUAAGGCUAUUGUUGAGCCCAAGAAGGAGGGUUCGUCUGAAAGCUCUUCGGAGCUCGAGGGUCAGACGAAGCCUGAUGUUAAGGAGACAGUUCUUGAGAGCUUCAACCAAGCUGCCAAGAGAUAA